AUCGUGACGCAGCUGAAGUAUUGGUACGUUAGUUAUUAUUCCCCGCGUUGUAGUUAUUGUUCUUUGUAUUCUAUUGUAUGUUAGUUAUUAUGUUCUCUGUAUUCUAUUAUAUGUUAGUUAUUAUUUCCUAACUCUCUCUUUUAUGUAAAAUCUUCAAUUAAUUUCAUCGAUAUCACGUUUAUUAACAUGCGCGUUUCUCCAAUCGAGCCGUAUCUACGCGAACGUCAAUGCUACGAGGCAUAUCCGGAGUAUCAGCCGGACGAAGCAGCUGGAAGCCAGGGUGCUGGAUCGAGAAAUCAGGACGGAGGAAGCAGGUCUCCAGUACGCGACAGUGAUACAUCAUGUAGGGGAGAGUUGCCGAAAUCGUACCAGUCUUCUAAAUGGUAUAUUAGGUGUCGUUCGUAUUCAAUAAUAAUAAGGAAAUUGAUGAGGUACAGAAUAUCUUUAAUUUUAACACACACAGACAUUUGGAAAACUUAUCGAGAACAAAGAGAUACGCGGAUUGAAACUUAUGUUGGCAUUUGUAGUCCUUGAUUAUUUGAUAAAUGAUUAUGUCUUGACGAUUAUAAUCUUACGGAAUUCUGAUUAUUCAUUAAUUUGUAAUAUUUAUUUCAUACGACAAUAGACAAUAUAUUGAUUCAAGUAGCCAAUCAAUGGU